AUGUCGACAUCUAGUCAGUCCCGAGGAGUCAACCGACGGAUCAACAGCAUCCAGAAUGAAGGUCGACAUUCGCGCAACUCCUCCGUUUCACGGCGCCGACCACUUAGCGCCAACAUCGCAUCCAGCCAUGCGCUCCGCGUAGCCUACCUUGCCUAUCUCCUCCACCCUCGCUCUCGUCGCACUCAGAGUGUAACCGUCGCGCCGGCGCGGCCAAAGCGAUCAAACACCUCCAUUCAGGACUUGAUGAGUGACUUUUCGCUGGUUAGGGAUUCUAAGAGCACACGAAUUCCCCAUGGAUUUGUCGCCGAGCUGGAGAAACGGUUGACGGGCGUUUUGAUGGGAAAAGAGAAGCGCAAGGAGUUCCAAGAUCAUUUGGUGGUGCGCACAUUUGCUGCCUUUCUUAAUGUAUUGAAGGAAGAUUCCUUUCGCAAGCGCAUGGAAAAGGACCGCCGAGCCGAGGACCUGGUGCUCAUCUUCUACUCUAAUGCGAUCAAGGAGUUGAGCAAGGGCAAGGAGCAUGAUGAUGACAGCUGGAAGCUCAUGGUAGAUCGACACGUGGCGCUGUUUGUCCGAUUGCUUGCAUUGGUACUGAAAGGGCAUGACUGGGUCAAGGAUCGACCGGAGCUGGCAAAUCGAUUGUCUGUACUGGAGAACAAGCUUCUUGUGCAAGAUCAGGAUUUAAUGAACGCGAAAGGCCCGACUUCGACUACAGAGGUUGUCGCCCCGUUGAGCUACGACGUUAAGGACAUGCCCCUGGUGCAACAUGUGGCCAAGAUCUUCGGAAUGACUACUUCCCAGGCUCAGGCCGAGAUUGACAAGAAUAAGAAUAAAUGGACGGAGAAAGCUGCAUUGCAGGACCUCAAGACUUAUCAAACCCAGUUGAGUCUUCAGACUCAUAAGACAUUGUCGAGGGAUGAUUUUGAGACGGAUGAGGCUUAUGAGAGCUGGAAGAAAACCGAGGGUCCUGAGCUCUCCCAGAUGAUGCUUUCCAUCAUGCAGUCCCACCCGGAAUUGGCCAAGAGCACACCUGGCACUCUACCUCAGUUCAACUCACCAGUAGAGGAUGACUUGACAAGAACAUCUUCUGGUCGUACUGACCGAACAUCUUAUGGCGCUGACUCACCUGUUGACCUUGGUGGACUCUCUUUGGGCGCCGAUGGCGACUCAGAGGAGUCAGAUACUUAUACUUUCAUUCCCUCUGAUCCUCGGACUGUAUAUAGGGCUAUCUUGACGCAAACCUUGACCCAUGAUUUACGAGAUCGUGAGAUUGAGGCCACCCAAACCGCGUCAGAUACCCCGUCAGUGAAACUCCUAUCUAAGCAAUCAACAGAAAUGCUGAAUGAAAUCUGUCUCCGCUGGCGGCUUCCGACUUUCUCUCGCGUUGUACUGUUCUUGGACGUCAUACAAACCAAGUUUGUGGAUAAUGAGAUUGACCUCAAUACCCUGGACCAGGCAUUUACGUUUGCAAAAGAGCCUCCUCCCACUGAAAACCGCAACAAGCGCAGCAGUUUUGUGGCGCCAUCUGUCUUUGACCGACGGAAAUGGACCGUGCAUGAUCUUCAAAUGAUGCAGAAUCUCCUGUCCAAGAUUCACGAAGCCUUGCUACGCGAGCUUUACGAUGUGAUGAUGGACUGCUUCGAGGCAAAACCACGUCCACUUGGACCUGUAAUGUACGUGCUUGAGAACCAUGUCCAAAUGGAUCCAAAUUAUACAGAGAAUCCCGAGGAUCUUGGUCGAUUCGGGUCGUAUGUGCAAGAGGGUCUUGCUCAGAAGGCGACAGAAAAGUACCAGAGACUUCUAAGCCAGUUAAUCUCUGUUCAUCAGGAAGACUGGCGGCCUGACGAUAUCAUCCAAUUGGGCGAUGCGAUCUCAAAACUUGCACUGAAGAUCAAAAAGCGUUACAGGAAUAACCCUGAGAUUAUGGGUGUCAAUCCUUAUACAACUCUCUGCCAAAAUGUGCUCCCCAUGUUUGCUGAAGAUGCGCAAGAAAUGGUCAUCCGAAUCAUCGAGCAGACCAAAGCCAGGGAUGAAGAGAUCCCUGUCGAGGAGGGCUUCGAUCUGUACAGGGCACUUGCUACUAUCAGGCGCCUGUUUGUGAGCACAAUCCCUGAUGACCCUUUCCCAUUCCACAUUGAGAGUCUUCUAGAAGAUUUCGUUUGGCGAUGGCUGCGUUUGACAGACCAGAGUGUUAUGGAAUGGGUCAAUCAAGCUACCAGACAGGACGCCUUCUCCGUUCGUGCAGAUGGAGCGACCGAGGAUGUCCCAGAGGAAGCCCGACACAGUGUCUCCGUUAUCGAUGUGUUCCGGUCCUUCAACCAAGUGGUGGAGAACCUGGUAAAUCUAGAGUGGGAUGAUGAUCUUCAAUACGCGAAAUUCAUGACUGCACUAUCCAGCUCCAUUGGGAAGGGUGUCGCGAAAUAUUGCGAGUUCUUAGAACAAAUGUUUUCCCGGGAGAUGGACCGGCUCACACCGGAGCAAGAGGCAGUUCUGAACCAAACCACCCAGGAAAAGCUAAUGCAAUUCGCCAAGGACACAUGGACGAACAAGGAAAAAAUUGAACCCUUCCAAUUUUCCUCCGAGUCCCUGGUGAAACUGAACAACAUCGAAUAUGCCCUUUCGCAAUUGGACAGCCUUGAACGUGAGAUCAACGUCGAUGCUUGUGCCGAAGUUAUUGCGAAGAAGAGCCCUCCGCAGCUUAAGAAGGUCCGCAAGUCAACCACUUAUGUCUUUACCAUCAAGGUAGUGGAGGCAGAAGACCUGAAAGCCUGUGACAUGAAUGGUGCCAGUGAUCCGUACGUGGUCCUUGCAGACGAAUAUCAAAAACGGAUUGCCAAGACCCGCAUCAUCUAUAACAACCUCAACCCCCGCUGGGAAGACUCUGUCGACAUCACCACUCAGGGUCCUUUGAACAUCAUCGCUACGAUUUGGGACUGGGAUGCCGUUGGUGAUCACGACUAUGUUGGUCGAACAUCUAUCAAGCUUGACCCAGUUCACUUUAGUGACUUCUUACCGAGGGAGUACUGGCUGGAUCUGGACACCCAAGGUCGGCUUUUACUCCGUGUCAGCAUGGAGGGCGAGCGUGACGAUAUUCAGUUCUACUUUGGUAAAGCUUUCCGUACCCUCAAACGAACAGAGAGGGACAUGACCAGGAAGAUUACUGAGAAGCUUUCUGCGUAUAUCAGCUAUUGUCUAUCACGCCGAACUUUGAAGUCGUUACUCUCCCGUGGAAUCAGCAUGUCGACGGUGUCCAAUUUCCUCAAUCGCAACCGAGGGCCGCAGACUUCGACGGGGCCCACCCCGGCCGACGUUGAGAAUGCUUUGACACCUUUGUUCAACUACUUCAACGAUAAUUUUGCUAUCAUGAACAAGACACUGACCGGAGAGGCUAUGCGAAUGGUCAUGGCUCGUCUGUGGAAAGAGGUCCUUGCAACCAUUGAGAGUUUACUGGUUCCUCCUCUGUCCGACAAGCCAUCCCACCAGAAGCCAUUGACAAUCCAAGAAGUGGAUAUCGUAUCACGCUGGCUCGUGUUGCUGUUGAACUUCUUCCACGCAGUAGAUGAGGAAACCGGCGACGCCGGUGGUGUUCCUAUCGACAUUUUGAAAUCUCCCAAGUACCAUGAAAUCCAAAGCUUGAACUUCUUCUACUUUGAGCCAACCGAGAAUCUGAUUCGCACUUCAGAGCGGAUGGCCUCGGCAAACGUGAACCGCCAGCAGGCGAACCGCAACCGCACCUCUGCCCCUGCUCACCUUGGAGCCACCGGUAGCUACGGUGGUCUAGGUGUUCCCACGGCCCGUCGCGCAAAGAGCAUCAUGCUAUCGCGCAACCUGGGUACCAUGAAGAAGAUGAAAGAAGAGAAGCGCCGUGAAGCCCAAGCUGAUCCGAACGACGACAUGAUCCUGCGUAUUCUUCGCAUGCGACCCGAAGCAGCCGGUUAUCUCCGUGAUCGCAGCCGUCAAAAGGAAAGACUGGCUGCGGCGGCGGCGGCGGAUGCCAUUGUGAAGCAGAGUCUGAUGGCCGGUGUUGGUAGUCGAAUGAGUGGGACAAUUCCCCAGCGCUGA